UGCGCGGUCCAUGGAUUGAUGAUAACGCGCUGUUGUACACGAACAGGAGGAAGGAGGCAGAAGAGAGCGGGAUACGAAUGAUCUCAGUUCUAAUUCUGAGCUCCAUCAUAUUCCAUCAAAGCCUUCUCUUCUUCGCGCAGCCUCAAUCUCCCCCUAAAACCAUCCUAUAGCGAAGACCCGUCACCGGAAGUUCAGCUAUUUGACAGCUUCAAAAAUAAAUAAAUAAACCGUAGUAUGCAUAGGUUUUUACCGGACUGGAGAUGUUCCCAUCUUAAGUACUUGAAAAAAUUUAAAUGCGGUUGAUGAAUGCGUUGGUUUACAAACUUCCCUUCUUCCGAAUUUUAUUAUUUGCCUCCCAAGGCGAACGAAGGGAUCAAAAAUAGAGCACCAAGAAUGAGAAAAAUGCUACAGAUCUGUUUUUCUAAAUCAUUUUUACACAACCGCUUUUGUAUGACCACCAUAAUAUGAACGGAUAUAAACAAAACGAGCUGCUUUAUUUUUUAGAACGCAGAAACGCCGAGCAGAAGAUUUUUUUUUAAUUGGAAGCUCGUCUUACAUUGUAAUGAAGAAGAAUAAAAAGACAUGGGUAAUUGUGACUUCAUCGCGUUGUUUGAUGGAAAGAGAAGGGGCCAGUUUCUUUGUCAUGUGAAAAUGAAGGAAUGCGCUGGAUUGGAAUUUAUAACGAAUGGGAAUGAUUUUACUUCGCGUAUGCCACAUUUGCAGGUGCUCGAGGUACUGAACCCUUAGCAAUGACGCACGCAUAUUUGUGUUUUGUUUUUGUCAUCUUUUUAUUACUAUAUUGACGGACUGAAAAAAAACCUCGUGUGUGUUUUUCUGGGAUGAUAGAGGCUGCGCGGGUGUCAGUUGUUUGGUUGCAUAGAUGGCGAACGCAACUGAGCUUGGAGAAAGCAACACUUCGCUCCAGAAUUAUGCCGUUCGGGCUUCUGCAGUGAAGCUGGCAUCACUAGGUCUGAUCAUCUGUAUCAGCGUGGCAGGAAAUCUUCUACUUUGUUUGCUCAUAUUGAAAGACAGGAGCUUGCAUCGGGCUCCUUACUACUUUCUCUUGGACCUGUGCCUGGCAGAUAUCAUUAGAUCUGUUGUGUGUUUUCCCUUUGUGAUGAUAUCCAUCAGCAGUGGUUCCAGCUGGACAUACAGCGUAAUCAGCUGUAAGGUCAUCGCGUUUAUGGCAGUUCUCUUCUGCUUCCACGCAGCGUUCAUGCUCUUCUGCAUCAGCGUAACCAGAUACAUGGCAAUUGCACAUCACAGAUUUUAUUCCAAAAGAAUGACUCUCUGGACUUGUGUGGCUGUAAUCUGCAUGGUCUGGACGCUCUCUGUGGCGAUGGCGUUCCCCCCGGUGUUUGAUGUGGGCACUUACAAAUUUAUCAAGGAGGAAGAGCAGUGCAUUUUCGAACACCGCUACGUCAAAGCGAACGACACGCUAGGUUUUAUGCUGAUGCUGGCUGUCAUCGUGGGAACCACACAUGUGGUUUAUAUCAAAAUGCUUUUCUUCGUUUACGACCACCGUAAGAUGAAGCCGGCUCAGCUGAUCCCUGCAAUAAGCCAAAACUGGACCUUUCACGGACCGGGAGCUACCGGACAAGCGGCCGCCAACUGGAUAGCGGGGUUUGGAAGAGGUCCUACUCCGCCAACGUUAGUGGGCAUCAGACAGGCUGCCCAUAAUCCAAACAAGAGGCUGCUUGUUCUGGAGGAAUUCAAAAUGGAAAAAAGAAUGGGCAAGAUGUUUUACAUCAUCACCCUUCUGUUUCUUUUGCUCUGGUCCCCUUACAUCGUUGCCUGCUACCUUAGGGUGUUCGUAAAAGCAAGCUCCAUACCCCAGGUCUAUCUGACUGCCGCUGUGUGGAUGACAUUCGCUCAGGCGGGUGUGAACCCUAUUCUGUGCUUUAUAUUUAACAAGGAAUUGAGGAUUUGUUUCAGAACCUAUUUCCCUUGCUGCCUGAGCACACAGACGCCGAUGGAGCCAUAUUGCGUUAUAUAAGUUUAAUUUUACUACUAAUAUUAGUUUGAGAUUUGUAUUUGAACUGAGAUGCAAAGUACUGCAGGAAUUCUUAAUAACCUUUCAGAGAUCCCAGAACGAAAGGGCUUUUUUUCUGGCUUGUUUUGUUUGUGCGCAUGUGAGCGUGUAUUCUUGUUUUGUUCAGUUCAGCUAUGCAGACCGAUCUCGGAUCUCCUGGAGAUAUUGUUUUAAGGCCAUAUUUUUGCAAUAAUUGAAUGGCAGAUGCACAAUAAUUGUGAAGAAAUCAUAUUUUUUAAAAAAGAUAAGUCUAUUUUUUCAGUAUUUAACGCGAACAAGGGAAGGAUUGCAGUAGGAGGAUGUUUGAACUAAGUGUAUUCCACUCCAGUUGGAAGAACUACAGUAUUCGCUGGAUGUAAAUGUUGUACAGAUAAUACGUACUGCUAUUAUUCUUUCUUCUUUUAUUGAACUAUUUAUUUUGCUAAGAUUAUCUUAAAUUCGUUUCAGUGGACAAUGUAACAAUAAUGAGAACAAAAACUUUGCAAACCUUAGUUUUACUUGUUUUGCUAUCUCACAUUACAGAUUUGUUUGUCGGGAGUGUAUUGACUAAAUGCUUCCUUCUACAUUCCCUGUAAAUGUACCAUAUUUUUUAUUGAGGGUUAAGAGAAAAUGCUGGCUGGUAAAUACUAAUGACUAAAAAUGCCUCAAUGCUGUAGAAAGUUGUAUAUUUGAAAUGUUUUUACUUGAAAAUAAACAAUGGGUAACAAAGGCCAAUGAAUUGUUUUCAAAUUUAGCAAGGGAUAAAAGAUAACGUUAUUUCAGAGGAAAAAUAAGAAUUCAGAAAAAAAUAUAAAUGCGGAAAUAUCUUGACAAGAGCACGCUAGAAUCACUAUCAGAGUCUAAAAAGUCAGAAAUGCUUUUGUUUUCAGAAAAUAAAAGAUAUUGAGGAGGUAACAAAAGAUUAGAGAUAAAAUAGUAUACAUGUAGAACACAAUAGGAAUUCUAUCAUUGUAAUUAGAUUAUAGUCUCCAUGUAAAGGGUAGGAUUUGAGCAGUUCCCACAGAAAUUGCACAGAAAUACAGAAAUUAAGUCUGUGAUGAGUGAUGUCCAGGUGGAGACUCGGGUUAUUGAUCAACAGCAGGUAGAACAGGAGGCUGAAGGCUGGAAACUCUGCUCAGAUACUUGACAAAUAUUCAGCAUGACUGCUCCUUGGCAGUUGAUCAAUAACCUGAAUCACUGGGGACAUUCUUGCGCCAAGGUGCCAAAUACUGCUUUUCAGUCUGAGCAGUUUCAUUUAAUCUUAAGUAAAAACAAUGUAUUUUUAAAGACACAUUCAUGUGACUACCCAUUGUAUUUGUUUUCGGCUGCAGUUCAAAACAAGGGUAAUUUGUUCUACACUCCUACAUCCCUCUGGAUAAAGAAGUACCUACUGCUCUGGGUUAUCUUAUUCUGUUUAUCCUGUCUCAUUCUUGGAUCUAAUUCCAAGCUACAGUAUGUGUGGUUUACCUUACACUUGCUGUGAGGUCAGGAAGUUUUGCAAGAUGUUGACUUUUGCUCUGCCAGUAGCUAGGAGAGGUGGCUCAUGUUCAUUCAGGAUUCAGUUUUACCACAAGGUAAUUUUCAUAUGGCCAAAAUAUUUAAUAUGACUUCCAAAAAUUCAAAGAUUUCUUAACUAUGAUUUCUUAGUAUAUAGUGAUUGAAAAUGUGUAGUCUAUAAUGGACUGACUAAAAAUGCUUUUUAAAUUGUGCAAUUUGUGAAUAUCCUGUACAUUUCUGCUUGAUCAUUUUUUUCAAUUCUCUGUUUGAACUGAUCAUGGUAAUGUAGUUAUUAGGUUGUGAAGCUGACUUCAAGGAAUGGGUAACCCCCCUAGCAUUCCAUCCACAGAGGGCAUGUUAUAAUUAAUUGAAAAACUGAAAUUAAAACUGGAAUGUAAUACAUUAAAGCAUAAACACAAUUGUGAAGUAUCUUCGAAAAUUGAAACAUUAAAGACAUUAUUUGUUGUUCCAAGACAGACAGAAUGCAUUAAAAUUCCAUUUAAAUUGCAAAUUGCAUGCUUUGUAUGGCUCACCUGCACUAGUGAAUGGAAUGAGCCCAUACUUUUUAAAAGGCUUCUACUUUUCUAACUUUUGCUUAAGUCUAACCAUUUCAAUGCUUAAGAAUAACAAUAGCAAUUUAUUAAUAACAAGUCUACUCAUAACAACAUCAAUCACCAUUUAGAGUCACUAGACUAACAUGACUCUGAAUGCAAUUUGUUACUCUUGUUAGAUCUAGUUUGCUAAAUUUUAUUAGCAUUUUGGUUACAUCAUAAUUUUAGGAAAGGUGAUGAUUUAAAAAUGACCUGCUUUUUAUAAGACAAAACAGCAAGCUGUAAUGAAAGAGUUCUUAAAAACAUGGUUCUUAUCUUACAGAAUCAGUCUAAUUAUAGCUAUGAGUUGUAUUAAUGCAAAUCAUGUCUCUGGAAAUAAAGCCUGUUCACAAUGAUUUAUCUGCCACCCUGUCCAGUUUCCUAUGGGGCCUCUUCCAUUUGUAUAUGGGUCUGUGAGCAUUAUAUCUUAAUCAGGGAGGUAAAAUUUUUUUAGCAAGCUGCUAUAAAGAGAUCACAGUCCAGUGGGAUGUCUGAAGCACAUCGCUGAACAUCAUCAUAGGAUGAAUAAUCUUGGGACUUCACUGUGGUAUUUGAAGCCAGUGACUUGUACUUAUUUUGAGAAAAUAAGUUAACUAGAGCCCGUUGCAGCAUUUACGCUGUCAAGGCUAUAUAGUCUGACCUGAUGCAAAACAGUCACAGAAAGGGAACUGGAUUUAUACUUUCUUCACUUCUUUAUAGUCUACAUAGAGAUAUAGCCGGUACUUAUAUUUUUGGCUUUUCUGAAAUUAGAUUGAAACUUUCUCUCUGUCACAUUUGACAAGACUACAUUUGUUAGUUAUUGUUAAAGUUAUAUCUACUAAUAAGUUCAAGGCUUUAAGAUUUAGUUGACAAGCAGAUGGAAUUUAUUGUAGUGGUAGAAAUAUGUUUAUUCUCCUGGAGGGUGCUAGGCUAAAGUAGCACCACAUUUAUUUAGGGAACCUUGAGCUCAACGUCUGCUCGAAAAACAUGGCUUGUAGAUUUUAAUAUUUGUCUAUGUGCUGCAUUGGUAGUCUGCAUUUGCUGAGUAGGUUGGCACUCCAAAAAAACUCAAAUCUGAAUUACUGGUAACACAAAAAAAACAUAGGAUCUGAAAUAGUUCUGGAAAUCACCACAAAUGUAUAUUGCAAAUGUAUAUUUCAUGAUUAUGUACAAACAUGAGCUUCAUUCAUUAUUACAGAAGAUGUGCAAAGACUAAUGAAAGCAUUUGAUAUGGAUAUUCACAUUUGUUCUGGGGUGCUGUGCUGUUGAAAGAGAUUGACAUUCUUCAUUUUCAUGUUCCCAUGCAGUUUAUCAAUUAAAGGAUUGUGGAAUGGUUUUCAAAAUGUCCUGUAGCACUCUCCACAAAUCUUCUUGAUUUGUUUCCAUUUAGCCAAUCUUAGAUUCCAUGUUUCGUCCAAUGGCUUCAAUAAAGGUCAUAUCAGGACUUUGAGAAAGCCCUGAUAUCUUUGUAAGUGCUU